GUAGUGUCCAUGGUGAGAUUCUGGUGACCUAAUGGGGACCCUGUUAUCUUUGGAGCACAGCAGAAGUCCACAGGCCCCAGGAUCAAGCUGAGGAUUUGGGAGUGAUGCUUUUCACUUCAUAUUGAGACAAAUCAGCAAUUCCAUGAAUCUGCCUUCUCCAAUUGUUUUUAAAGUUUGAAAGAAUAAUAUGCAAAAAGUCAACUACAGAAGGUUCCACUAUUGGCUACUAAUGAUUUAUCUGCAAUAUAUCUGGAUUAUAAUUACUUGAAAUUCAACAAUGACAUCAAACAAAACUUGCAUUGUGCAUCCGAUCAGGAGUUUGCAAAAGGAACAUCAUGCUAUGCCCUUAAAUUCAAAAUUAAAUUUUUUAUCAAAUUGGAAUUUGGAAAAUGAUAUAAUUAUGAGGAACCCAGAAAAUUGUGAAUUAGCUCGAAAAUGGUUUCUUUCAAUGCAGAAAGGUGCAGUCAAAACUUCAGAAGUGGAAUUUUCUGUUCCUUCUACUCUAUAUAAAUCCCUUAUCAGUUCCAAACAGCAUUUGAUUGAUUCAAUCAUGAGAGAAUGUGGAAGAUUCAAUAUUUAUUUUUCAAGAAACAAGUCAGGCCUUCAAAAAGUCAUUAUUAGAGGCCCUGAAGAAAAUAUUGAAAAGGUGAAUAAAAAGUUUCUGCAACUAUUGGAAGAAGAGAAAGCCAAGAGUUAUUCUGUAGCUGUCCCUGUCAAGUCAAAAUAUCACCAGUUUCUCAAGAGUAAAAAUGGUGGCAAUCUUCCCAAUAUCUGUGUAAAACAGGGGGCACGUGCUAUUUUCCCUACCCCUAAAAAUAAGAAUCAGGAUUUGGUAACAAUCAUGGGGAAAGAGGAAGCUGUUAAAGAAGUACAAAAAGAACUAGAUCUUUUGUUGAAAGACUUAGAGUGUGUGGUGGAGGAUAGCAUACUGAUAAAUCGUAAGUUUCACCAUUAUUUUGUCAUGCGAAGGGACCAGCUUAUACGAGAAAUGACAGAAAUUUAUGCUGGUAUGGUUAUUGACUUUACUUAUGAAGGAAAACAGAACAUCAGAGUUACAAUGAAAGGAGAAAAAGCUUGCGUUGAAGCAGCAAAGAAACACAUUGAACAGAUUUUUGAGCCCUUGGGUUCCCAUGUCACAAAACAGUAUGUUAUUCCUCAGAAAUUCUAUACUUUUUUCAUGGGACCAAUGAGUUCCAAAGUCCAUCAAAUUGCUAAGGAUUAUAAAGUUCAACUCUCAUUCCCAGACAAAGAAAAGCCAACUACGUAUAUACAUCCAGUGGUUCAGGAAACUGGGAAAGACAAGAAGGGAAAGAACACUAAAGAACUUCCUUUUAGUAACCAAAGAAGAUGUAAAACCAUAUUUGUCUCAGGUCAAAUGGAAAAUUGCAAAGCAGCCAUGGAAGCUCUUGAGUAUCUAAUUCCUGUCACUGCUGAAGUCCGCGUGCCGUCUCACCUACAUCCUUACAUAAUUGGGCACAAAGGAAGUGGGAUAAAGAAGCUAAUGAGUGAAUUUGACGUUCAUACUCAGGUAUCACAACCUGGAGGCAAUUCUAAUAUCAUAUCCAUAAUGGGUCUUGCUGCAAAGGUGGAGCAAGCCAAGGUUAAAUUAGAAAAACAAAUCAAUGCUUUACAAACACAAAUGGAAGAUCGUGCACGAAGAAACUUUAAGCUAUCAUUUAUUCUAGAUCCAAAAUACUACUGCAAGAUCACUGGUCAUAAGGGCUUGCUUAUUGCUCAGAUUUGCACAGAGCAUGAUGUCACUAUCCAUUUUCCAAAGAAAGGAAACCAUGAGAUACAAGACCAAAUCGUAAUUACAGGCUAUAAAGAGAACACCUUAGCUGCUAAAGAUGCAAUAAUGAGAAUGUUGUAUAAGAUAGAAAAAACAGUUUCUAAGGAAAUCCCACUAAACCACCAGGUUCGUGACAGUAUUGUUGGAUUUACUGGAAAAACUAUCCAAAAAAUCAUGGAGCAAUUCCAAGUAGACAUCCGAUUACCUCCAAAAGGAUCCUGGAAUCCCAACAUUACUGUGAUUGGACUCCCUGACAAAGUUCAGGAAGCAAUUGACCAUAUACUCGAACUUGAAAAGUAUUACCUUUCAACUGUCAUAAAGUAUGACUCUCAGCUUGAUAAUUUUAAGAACACCUGUCUUUACAAAAUAACCAUGGAAUCAUCUAAAUGUUUUGGGAAAAGAGAUGUUCCCCAUAAUGCAAAAGUCACCCCAAACUCCCCAAAUGAUGAUUCUGAAGAAUUCCCCAAAUUGAAACAACAAACACCUCCCAAGACUCAUCCUUGGAGACCAUAACAAAAAAAAUGAUAAAAAAGAAAUAAAAGAAAUUU